AUGCAUGCCCGGGCUACACCCUACUCAUGGGGGCAGAAUCUCCACAAUGCUGCCCUUGGCAUAGCAAGGGGCAAAAAUUUCUUGGGGAGUAGCUUUGCAUACAGCAUCUUCCAAUGGCUGAAGGAUUGCCUAUAUGUCUUGCUCUGUUGCUGGUGCAUCAAGGAGAUCCUGGACUGAGCAUCUUACACACACGUCUAAGCAGAGUGAGCCUGAUUAGUACAGUCCAGUUUGCCAGUGAUGCUAUGGUGCAUGUCCCACUCCAAGCUUGCAGCCCAGUUGCAAAGCGCGACAUCAAUACAGGGGGGUGUGGCCUUCCAGGUCGGCUCACACUGAAUAUCCUGGAUCCUUCAGUCCUUUGGAGGGCAUGCGGCCAAACGCUGGAGACACGCAACCACAUGUUGAAACUGGAUUUCACCAAGAAAAAAGUGAUGUAGUGGGAAGACAAGGACAUGAUGUGAAUUGUAAAGAGCUUGCCAAAAAAGAAUCGCCUCACUGAUUCUGCCAGUGCAGUGCAGAGAGUGCUUUUUGUUUCUUUUAUUUUCCAUUCAAAACACAAAUCUACAGCCGAAACUGAAAUCUUUUGAGAAUUAUGGCAGAAAUCAGGGCUGUGGUGACUGGCAUAUUGAUGCCCCUCCACCCCGUGACCAAACAUAACUCAGGACCAGCGAGCAUAAUCACUAAAGGUGUGUGUGUCUUUUUCAAGGAUCCCACACCCUUAGUGUGUGUGUGUCUCAUUAGAUUAUCCAGAACCCAUUAGUAGCUGCUCUUUGUUCUACAACAAUACGUAUCACAUAAGUGUCUUUGUUUUGCUGUGGUUUUGCUGCCAAACUUGUAUUUUCACAUCUUCCCAUUCUAGUCUACCAUCUUGUGGAUAGAAGGAGAACUACACUGGUUAAAUUAGUUCACUUUGGCAGUCCAACAGCUCAUAGAAGUAAGUUACAGAGAGAAGGACAUUUAAUUUGCUUCUCUAACAAGUUGUCUGAUAACAAGUUGUCAGGGAGGAAAAAUGUGAAUUUUAUGUUGCUGGUUAAUCAAGCUCAAGGCUUUAAUAAUUUGAUUGCCCUUCAUAACCCUACAUAGCAUAUUUUACUUUUAAGACUAGAACAAUUGCUGACAUUAGCUUUUGAAUGAAAA